GCAGUGCUUCAGAUGUCGCGGAUGCUGCCCAGCACCGCUGCACUCAUCCCUCGCAGCCCAUGCCAGCUCGCCGACCACAGCUGCCAUGUCAUGUCCGCCGCCAUUGCAGUCCCCGAAGCGCCAAGUUAGCUUUGGCACCACGCGCGAGCGGGAGUUUUGCAAGUAUCUGCCCUCGUAUCAUCUCAGCCUGCCACUCAGCCAGCAUGUUUCGGCCGAUUCUCCGUGUCCUCAACUUACUCGACCCUGCCCCGAUACCGUCCUCACGGCUUUUGCCCAGCUGGGCGCCUUGCGCUUGAACGCCGAACGAGUGUUCAUUUCCCUUUUCGGAAAGCAUAACCAGCACAUCCUUGCGGAAGCAUCGCGGACACUGAGUCUGCAAGACGACAAUGAGUUUGACGAGGAUGAUGAGCUAUGGAUGGGGUGCUGUACCGUCGCCUACGAGCGCAGCUUUUGCAAGAAUGUGUGCGAACUUUAUUGCGCUCCUCGGUGCUGGGAAGAAAAGGCCUUUGUCGUCCCGGACCUUCAGAAAGACGAUCGAUUCUCGGAGGCGGUUGAUGUGAAGUACUUCCCACAUCUCCGAUUUCUCGCUUGCGUGCCGAUCGUCAGUCCGAAGGGGGUAGUGAUUGGCGCCUAUACCGUUAUGGACACGAAACCCCGUCCGCCUUUGGACAAAAGGACGAUCAAAUUCUUAUGUGACAUGUCAGUCACGGUUAUGAGCCAUCUUGAUACAAAUCGGUCCAAGACUCGACACCUACGCAGCGAGCGCAUGGUGGUCGGACUGGGCAGUUUCCUUGAAGGGAAGGCUAGCCUACGCAGUUCGUGGUUGGAAAGCAGCGAGCAUCCCUGCAGUGGCGACCUUGGCGAACCCUUGGAAGGACAUAUCAACGCAAGGCAGCAAGCAAAGCAAGCAUUGGCUGAUUCUGAGAGGGCGUUGCAUGAGGCAGGUUUCACACGGCGCUUGCCGCUCCGCUCGCGGAACCCUCGGCCUUCGGACGACCAGGACAUUCGGCCCUGCGGAAAGCUCCUCUCGAACGGUGUGACGACAGCAGAGAAUGCCACGAGGAGUCAGUCAGUGCCGAAAUGGUCGUCGGUGAAAGAGCUUCCCGAGCAGAACGCGACGACCGGUGCCGGGCGGCAUGAUACGUACGACAUUGAAGUAAGGCAGACUUUCUCCCGCGCGGCCAAUAUUGUGCGCGAGUCUCUUGCUGUGGAGGGUGCUGCUUUCUUCGACGCUAAUUUCGCCUCUCACGGUGGCUUGGUCAAUAAUGCAAAGUCCGAGACGGACUACAGCGACACAGACAGCGCCAUGACUAGCGACGACAAUGGGACGAUAUGCGGGGGGUCCUCGGCUCCAAAUGACGGGCAUGCCACUAAUCUGAUGGAUGAAUCUAAUCCCUGCAAUAUCCUUGGAUUUUCUACCACAUCGGCCUCUAGUAUCAACUACCAGCCCGUUGGCGAUAAGCGAAUGACUGUUUCCGAGUCAUUUAUGAAAGGGCUACUGCAUCGAUACCCCCGAGGCAAAAUAUUCAACUUCGCGGAAGAUGGAACGCUAUCAUCCGGUGAUACGAGCGAUGCACUGUUCCAAAACUUCAAAGCCGACAGUCUUGGUGCUAGCUUGGGGGAUAACCGGCGAAAGCGAGGGCGCAAAUAUAAAAAGACCGGGAAGACAAUGGUUCGCCAAGACGUCUACACUUUGCGCCAAUUUGCCCCUGGGUCCCGCAGCAUCAUAUUCGUCCCGUUGUGGGAUUCGCACAAGGGAAGAUGGUACUCGGGCUGUCUGGUCUGGACUAAAACCCCCCUUCGCGUUUUCACCCGUGACGAUGAACUCACAUUUCUUUUUGCCUUUGGACACAGCGUCAUGGCAGAGGUUCAUCGACUUGGCUACGAUCUCGCCGAGCGGGCGAAGUCAGAUUUGCUCGCGAGUAUCAGUCAUGAGCUGCGAUCGCCGCUACAUGGGGUUUUUGGCACGGCGGAGUUGUUGGCGGAGACAAGUAUGAACGCUUUUCAAUUGGGAAUGGUGCACACGAUUGAGUCCUGCGCCAGCACAUUGUUCGACUCCAUCAACCACCUGCUUGAGUAUGCAAACAUCAACAAUAUGCGCAAGGGUCGUCCUCUCGGGGGAUCAUCGUCCAAUGGUGACUAUUUCAACUUGCCGCCAGACAAGGGACAGUUUAGGUAUUUGCAGGGCCAAGAGGGCCCGCCAAAUCUGAACCCCAGCAUUCAGCUCGAUGCCGUGCUGGAGGAGGUUGUGGAGAGUGUCUUCGCGGGUUACGCCUUCCUGAAUGGAUCGCGGUCGCCGCUGCGUAAACCAUCUACUCCGGGCGGGGUUCUGUCCGUGAUUCCGACGCUUUCCAACCAGGCAUCGGGUCGGGUGAAGUUGGUCUUGGACAUCAACCAUUCCAUAAAUUGGAAGUUCGUAACCCAGGCAGGUGCCUGGCGGCUUAUCCUGAUGAACAUUCUUGGGAACGCCCUGAAAUUCACCCAGGAGGGACUGAUAUAUGUGACACUAGACGCGUCGCCGAUUGAUGCCGAAAGCUCUUCUGCCGACGCCAUGUCACAGGUCACGUUAACCGUCAAAGACACGGGGACUGGUAUCAGUCAGAAAUACUUGCAAGAUGACAUCUUCGGUGCAUUUUCAAAAGAGAACCCGCUUACCCCAGGAACUGGGCUCGGCCUGAAUAUCACCUACCGAACGGUAGCUGCUCUCGGUGGUGAUAUACAAGUGUAUUCCCAGAACGGACUGGGCACCGAGGUUAUCACCCGAGUUUCUCUUCCACAGUCGCUUGAGAUUGAGCCGGAUGGUAUCGAUCAGCUGUGCCCUGUGGUUGAGACAAAAGAGCUUGUACGGGGCACAUCUAUCGGGAUCUUGGGAUUUGGCGAGUCCGAACAGGAUAUAAGGCUACGGUCGUCCACAAUCCAGUUGUGUCAAGGAUGGUUUGACAUGAAUGUUGUUGAAUUGGAUGUCCUCCAAAACAAUACUCGACACUGCGAUUUCUAUAUCACAACGCAGGAAUACAUGGAGCUGGACGACCAACGAAUCAGGUCUAUACCCCCGGGCCCGACUCGGAAAUUUGCCUCUUCGGUGGUAGUAAUCUGUCCAUCGCCGGGAGCUGCACGGGCCAUGUUCACUGCGGCCAGGGCACGAGGCGACCUGGAAGUUAUCGAGUUCAUCAGUCAGCCUUGCGGACCGAGAAAACUGGCCAAGACACUGAAAACAUGCUGUCUGCGUCAGCGCGGUCGACAGAGACUCUCGACAGCGGAGACUAGACUUCUCGUCCCUUUCCAGCAAGAUGGAAAAUAUCAUAUCCCACCGAUACCGGAGGAAGCCCACGAUUCAGAUUUCACGCUCAAAGGAAUGAGUGUGAGGGUAAAAGAUGCUAGUCCGCUAGAAUCGUCAAAUCAGUCUGAUGCUUCUACGACCGACCCGGAUCAAGAUUCCUCGCCUGCCACUUCCGCCCAAGUACCCGGGUCAUUAUCACCGGAAACAACCCCUUCCCCGACCAGCCCCCCUAGGGUUUUGAUUGUUGAUGACAACGAGAUCAACGUCAAGCUCUUAGAGGCAUUCAUGAGGAAGCUAGGUUGCGAAUCUUCCAUCGCACGGAACGGUCUCGAAGCAGUCGAGUCUUUCAAGGCGCAGCCGAAGACGUUCAGCAUAAUCUUGAUGGAUAUUUCGAUGCCAGUCAUGGACGGUCUGGAAUCGACGCGACAAAUCCGGGAGUUUGAAAAACAGCUGAAUCGGGUGACGCCAGUGACGAUCGCCGCUUUGACUGGCCUAGCACAGGCGGAAGUCCGUCGGGAUGCGAUUGCAUCGGGGAUGGAUAUCUUUCUCACGAAGCCCGUGAGGUUAAAGAGCUUACAGCCGAUUUUCGAGGGGAGGGGGUUGUUACGUUCGCCUAGCAACUCUGAUGAUUGAUUUUGCCCUAAUGCACCUUACGACAACCGAGACAACCGAGUGAUACUGUUACUGAACACGACUGGACAUAUUAGCGAGGUUGAUCUCGUGUAUAAUUUGAUGAUACCAAUAUGAACUAAUGGAAAUAUCAAUAUCACUUACCG